AACCCUUACAAUUCUGUGAUUCUGUGAAGUGAUGACUGGAGAUUCAUGAUCCUUGAGGUCCCUUCCGAUCCUUGCCGUUCCGUGAUCGUGUGUGAUACUGCGAUGAGACGCUGUGGGUGCAACGUUGUAAAGCGGAGCUGACCCCAGCAGGGUACGUGAGGUGACAGCAAGCGUGAAUCAGCCUGACUGCGUGAAACGGACAAGAAAUGCUUGUAGGGAGACGUCCCUUAAAGCAGGAAGGCGGCUGGGAGAGCAGCGCCGCCCUCAGCUCUCCCGCCCCUCGGGGCGCCAUGGCGGCGGGCGGGGCCGUGCGGUGAGCGGCGGAGCUGCGCGAUGCUCCCGCUGCUGCUCCUACGCCGGGCCGCGGCCGCUGCCUCGUGGCGGGGAAAGCGGCAUUGCAGCCUGGGCACCUGCUGCUCGUAUCGCCUGCGGAACGCCCUGCAUCCGCUUUGGCAGAGCCCACUUACAAUUCCCGGGGGCAGUCGCCAGUCUCCUAUCAACAUCCAGUGGAGAGACAGCGUCUACGACCCCGUCCUGAAGCCUCUGAAGAUCAGCUAUGACCCAACAACGUGUCUUCACAUCUGGAACAACGGGUAUUCGUUCCUGGUGGAGUUUGAUGAUUCUGCUGAUAAAUCGAUCAUUGUUGGAGGUCCUUUGGAAAACCAGUAUAGAUUGAAGCAGUUCCACUUCCACUGGGGAGCCAUCAACGAAUGGGGGUCAGAACACACAGUUGACAGUAAAUUCUACCCAGCAGAGCUGCAUUUAGUACAUUGGAAUGCUGUGGUGUACCCAACUUUUGAAGAAGCUGUGAUGGAAGGCGAUGGCUUGGCUGUAAUUGGAGUCUUUUUAAAGCUAGGAGCACAUCACAAAGGGCUGCAGAUGUUGGUGGAUGCCUUGCCAGCAAUUAAACACAAGGACACUGUUAUUGAGUUCGAUGUCUUCGACCCCUCCUGCCUGUUACCUCCAUGCCCUGAUUACUGGACGUAUGCAGGCUCUUUGACCACUCCCCCACUUACUGAAUCAGUCACAUGGAUUAUUAAGAAGCAGCCAAUAGAGGUUGAUGAGAAUCAGCUGGAGGCGUUUCGGAUGCUGCUCUUUACUUCAGAUGGUGAAGAAGAGAAGAGGAUGGUGGACAACUUUCGCCCCCUUCAGCCAUUAAUGAACAGAACUGUCCGCUCGUCCUUCCAGAGCAGGCAUCUCUUAGAUAUGGAAGCAAAAUACUUGGACCACGCUCAGCAGAUCAGGCCAUAGAUGGCCCAUGGAAUGUCAGUCCAGACUGUAGUAACUGGGUUUACCUUACUCUGUAAUGAUUCCUCCUUUUUUGCAGGAUGUUUAUGCCAUGCAGUUUCACAGACAGCUAAUUUCGGUUCUGAGAGUCAGUUGAGCUUCAGUAGAGAGGCUGUGUGUAUUUUAAUUUGUUUUUAAUACAAACUCUUAACAAAUUGCUCACUUAAAAGCAGGGAUCAGUGAGGAAUUCUUUUGAAAGUUAAAGGCAAAGUAAUGCAGGAGAUCUUUUCUCUUUCUGCCUUCUGAAUUGUUCUGUGCCUCUGCAUAACUCCUCCAGUGAUUUGCUUAAAUUAAUAAUUGCAACAUGUUAACAAGCAGGAGGUGUGAAGAAGUGAAGUCUGUUAAGGUCCUUUGUGGAACUUUUGGAGGUAUGAGGCUAGAACUGUCUUCUGCAGUCACACAUGUAAAGGUAUUUUAACUUUGUCCUGUUUUAAAACAACAACAAAUGGUGCAUAGGAUGAUGAGGAAAAAAAAAAAAGCAUUGGCUGAGUGACCCAUGUUUAUAAUGGAUGUAAUGUAAGUCUGCCUUAUCUGUACUGCAAACAAGAAGACUUUGCAAAACCUUACAGGAAAUGUCCACAAAUCCCAUUCUACAAAUUCUGGCUUUGGUACUCAUGGAAUGGUAGAUGAGUGUGGACAAAACACAGCAGUCAGAUGCUUGAUUUUUAUUUCUUUUCAGCAGUUUGUAGAGCACCAGUGCAAUCUUCCCUAUGUUUUGUCUGAAGCUGAACUUCUGUUCUUGGGAGUUACCCACCCUCAUGGUUACUGGGACCAUGUUGUUCUAUAUAGCACCUUAUGGUAACACAGACCAGUGGUGGUUGGAACUCAGUUGAGGAGCAGACCAAAUUGUUUUAAGUAACCAGCUGUGGAGCUGUAUACUGAAGUGAUGGUCCAAUUGCCACAAACAGUGCCUACCUCUGAAGUAUGCUACUAGCCAUAACUUUCUCUAGUGCACCUUUCUGAAUGACUUUUUAUGCUUUGCUGUGCUUAGCAGUGUGCUUGUGCACGAACUCACCUGUAGAACCUGUGAUCUCGUUUGUUCUGAGAGCAGUUCUGGUUGUGUGCUCAUGAGACAAUCUUCAUGGAGUCAUAGAAUGGCUUGGGUUAGAAGGGACCUCAAGGAUCAUGAAGCUCUGACCCCCCUGCUGCUUGCAGGGCUGCCAACCUCCAUAUCUAACACUAGACCAGGCUGCCCAAUCUUGAUUGAUUGUAUUUCAUGUAUAUUUUUAGAGGAUGCAUUUCUUGAUCCUCUCCUGCCAUUAAGCAGUCAGCAGUUGCUGGUGUCAUUCAGGACUCAUGAUGCCAGGAGACCAGCUUGUCAGUGACGUAUUCACAUCUUUGGAAUCAAUGCUUUCCCACUCCAAGUGUUCACUUUAGAAGCACUUUAACACUUUUCAUCAUGACUCUAAUGAUUUCAAAGCUUUUGAAUAUCUUUCCUUAACCAAUUAAAUCCGUGCCUUUGCUUCCUCAAUAUCUCUACCUCACACUUCUGUUACAUUUCAGCAGCUGUGCCUUUCUCCUCUCACGUGGCUGCUUAAUAUUAGGGUGACUACUCAGUAGAUCUAAGAAAAUCUCCACUGGCUUCUGCUCCCUGUGUGUUGCAUGUACAUCUUUAUAGUAUGUUCCAAGUGGCAGUAUGUAUCUUCAGUUUCAUUCUCUCCCAAGCCCUUACAGCUCAGUUCAGUUAUACCGUGUUUCUACUCUGCUGAGCCACUUCAGUAAUGGCGUUGCCAGAGAAUGGCAGGUUCUGAAAAUCAUUUUGAAAGGGGCAUCUGCAAGUCUGGCAAUAGGAAGAGAUUCCUUUUACUUUGUACCUGAGUGCACUCAAUCUUCAUUGCUGAACUUGCCUUUGUUAUUAGCAAUUAGGAAAGCCCUGUAAUACAGUCAUCGUAAUGCUGUCUUUGCUUUCAACAAUGCAGGUGACUCAGUGGAACUAAGCUGGAUAGAGGCAGCCUGCAUCAACCAAAGUAUUUAAAACUGCUGCCUUAUAAAUGUGGAAAUGGAUGUGGCAAGAAAAACUGGAAUAAGCUCUGAGAUCAGGGAGAAGCCAACUGUUUGCUUUACUGAUGGAGUAAAGUGUUAGGAUAACAGAGGGAACAACUUGGCUUAAUUUGGGUCAGUUUGAAUUACCAGCUGAGAAGAGCAAUGGGAAAUCAACCUGCUUACCAGCAGCUUAAUGUAGUAUCUCUGAAUUGUUAUAUAAGUUACUCUGGUUAGGAAAUGUCAUCUUGUGGUUGUUAAAGUUCUUCAAAGCAACCACACUCUUGCUGUCGUAAGUGAUUGGGUCUUUAGAAAAGCUUUAUGCGAUUGCUCAGAGUGUUUUAGUUGCCUGCUUGCCCUCAGGUUUUGUGCACCUCUGAUCCACCAAGCUUAUUUCACCAACUAAUGCCUCUUUCCUGGCAUGUGCAAGUACAAGAUAUGCAUUUUGUUCUUAGGGGGUUACUGUGGUGUUCGUGUUUUAUCUUCUACAUGGAGUAGCACCUAAAUAUCCUGAUGUAAAAUCUAUUUCAGUUUCAGUGCUGGGUUUCAUAUAUGUAUGUAUGUAUAAGGAUAUACAUGUGUGUGUAAACAGGGUCAGAAGAGGAAAAAAUGAACUGGAGUGUGCUAAAACAAGUAAGCUUUACAGGGAUUUGCUGUUACAGUUGUGCUGCUUCCAGGAUGCCUGAACGUUUCCAUGUCAGUGUCUUAGCAUCUCUGGUUCCAAUGGGCAGUAUUCCAGUUGCAAGCUCUGGUUAAAAUUAACAGGCUGGAAAUGAAAGUGGGUCUUUUUGUUUGUUUUUUUUUUAGGGUUUUUUGUUGUAUUUUGCUGGGUUCUCAGCUAAUUUAGUUCAUGUCUGUAACGACUUUGCACAACUGAGUUAAACUGUAUUUGGAAGGUGUCUGCAUAGGAAUCUUUAGGCUCUUUUGGAGGGUACAGUAGGGAAGGGUCAGAACAGACUUUUGUCCUUGAACCUGAUUGCUUCUCAGUGAGCAUCAUUCAGUGUUAAUUAACACUGUUCUGAGAGACAUUCCUGUGGCAGUCAGCACUAUGACUGAAAUGCUGUAGUGGGACUCGUGUUGAGGAUGGCUUCAUGAAGUGAGGGUGGAAGUUCUCAAGUGCAUAUGGUAAUAUAUAUUGUGCCUAUUACUGAAAUAUUGCCUUUGUGGACAACAUACAUAAUGAGAAGUGCCUUUUUACUCAUAGCAUACAGACCUUUCUUUUCAGUUUUGGUGUAAAGAAACUUCUAGUCACUGUAUUUUUUUUAGCUGUUAAACUAGUGUGCAACCAUGCAAUAAAAAAGCACAGCAACCCGUGUCUGUAUUUCAUUGUGCAGUUAAGCUCUCCAAGUUAGAAAGGAGAUUCUCCAUCAAGAAAAUAAUUCCUCCUUCAGAAUGACCCAGUUCAUUAUGAGUGGAAUAUGAUCAGAUGUCAGCCUUUGAUGCUUCAGUCUGUGAAAGGCUCUGCUGGACUGUAUUGUAAUUGGAAUGAAAGCACAAUGAACUCUGUGUUGCAGCCGUGCUGAUGGAUGUUCAGUUAGCUGCUCCAUUGGGAUAGAUGCAGCAUGCUGCCUGCAAGGAGAUUCCAGGCUUGAAGUUCCGAGCUGCCUUGUUUCAUAUUUAGUGUUAAACUCAACCUAAAAACUGUCAGCUAAGUUCCUUUCUCUGUUUUCACUGUAAUUAGUGUUGAUAAAACUGAAUAAUUUGAUGUGUGGUGCAGCUCUUGAGGAGUUUCACAUGUAGUGAUUUUGCAGUGCUUCUGCUUCAAGGUGGUAUGAAUCUUAUUGAACAAUUGCUUUUAUCAAUAACAAUUGGCUAAUAACUAAACACGAAUUCAUCUAGUUGACCCGUAGUAGCCAGGCUGAGGGCCUGGGUAUCACAUAGAUACCCAGUUGUGCUAAGCUGAGAUUAUUCCCACUUCUUUUGGUGGAACAGUAGGAGACCAUUUCUGGUUAAGGGAUUUGAGCCCUAUGAGUGGUUGCAGACCGUACUGACCGUUCUUUGGGGGCUGUCCAGAAAGGUAAGCCAUUUCAGUGGGAAGAAAGGUUGAGAAUAAUACCAGCUCCAGCUCUACUGUUGCAGUUUGAGGAUUCCAGAAGCUGCCACCCAUUCCACUUUGCCCAGCAAAGAAGCUUAGGAGGUCUUAUUGUGUUUGUGUGUGUAGAUAGACAGUAUAUAUGUAGUACAGCUGAGCUGUUUGCUGAAGAGACUUAUCUUUUGGUUUACUUGGUUCCAGUGGGCUCUCUUACUUUGAUCAAGGCAGCUGCAAGAUGUGCAUUAAUUCCAACAAAUGGCCAAUUUACUGCUGAUAUUGGUAAUUACUGUCUUGUUUGCUCUUGCUUUUCGAUGUGACAAAAUUGAAGUGUCUGAAUGUUAACGUGUGGAGAAGUGGCUGCAUAAUCAAAUUGCCUUCAGAGGUGCUGCAGAACAACUUGGGAGCCUGAAGAGUUGGUGGUCAGAGCUGAUAAUCACACG